CUCAUCAUGGGUGAGAUCCAGUGCCCCCAAAGUGCUCUUGUGCCGCAAGAGUCCUCCGUGUCGUACCAGGUAGUCGAGAAGCAACUCUGCCACGGGCCAAGUCUUGACAGCUCCCGUGGCUCCCUGCUUGAGAUGUCGGAGGGUGAAAGAAGCAUCGCUAAUCACAGCAUCAUCCGCUUUGGCAUCAUCAUCAUCAUCAUCAUCCAACGGCCAACGAGGUACCGUGUAGUCGUUCCAAACAAACUUGUUGCUUCUCGAGUCGGCGGCAAUAAUGGUCAUGCUCCUGUCUGUCGGUGUGUUACACUUAUUAUGAUAGCAUCCGCCUCGAUCGAUCGUCCGUCCUCUGGUGUCCACUUGCUUUUGAGACUCUUUUGUUUUUGUUGGUGUGAGAUUUCGAAACUGAUGGCAGGUAGACGGACGUCUCUCCGUCAACGGGAUCCUCAUAAUAACGGCUUUGCUUUUUGGGAGGGUCUCGGCCUGUCCUCUUGCUUGUGGCAGAUACGUAAAAGUGGGGCCUCUAAUUGCAUACACGAGCUCGUUAUGGGCCAUUGACACUGAAUGAAAUGAAAGACUUGCAAUAGGAAGCAGCUCAAUUGCUAUCACUUGCCCAAACCACCAAAGGUACCACCAGCCUCCAGCCGCAGUUGUGAUGGGUCCUUGGUCCUUGGUCCUUUGUAAGUUUCCUCGCUACUUAUUCCACGGCGUGAAAACAACAUCUCUCCACACUUCCGCUGCACACGUGUCUCUUGUAUCAACAGCUGUUUGUAAAAAAAGGACUCUAGAGGAGCCAUGCGCCAUGGCAAAGCUCGCGUUAACCAGUUCGCCGUUCGCCACCGGAGAAUGACCGUAAUGAGUGGUAACUCGAGUACCGGCAACAGCUGGAGUGACUGUCCGGUUUUUACUAUGACCUAACUUUAAUUAAAUGAGCAAAACGGUACUCGAUUACUGUGCUCGAGUUCCCAGGUGUGCUGCUCGCGCCCUUCUUGCUCUGUCCGCUUUUUAACUCACUGCCACAGUCCACUGACCAACUCUGUAAGCGAUUACGGUAACAAGCACGCCGCAGCAACUUCUGGUUGUACAUGUGUGUGUAUUGAACCAACUCGUAGCCCUUCAUACCGGUACUGAAUGAAAGACUUGUGUUGGGGAUUGAAGCAGCCCAAACUGCAGUAGAGUAUUGACGCCACUUGCACAAACCAAAGAGUAAUCCCAACUACUAGUAUACGUGGCCCUGUGUGAUCAUGCCGCCGACAACUGUACCGGGGUCGAUGGAGUCAUCCGACAUUACAGACCGCGACGAAAAAACUGACCAUACGGCUACGCAGGAAUUGGCGGUUGUCAUGCCUGUCAUGGAGGCUGAGGAACCAGAGAUACCACAGCAAAUUCUUUCUCCAGACGACAAGCCAGCCUUUGAACCAAAAAAAUUCCCAACUUUCUAUGUUGCAGCUGGUAUCAUUAUUUUUGUGCUGGUCGUCACCAUUGGAUCCAUUUGUGGGACUGGUCACUGUGGAAGUGGUGGUGGCAGUGAAGCAAUGGAAUCUGCCACUGGCAGAGAAGCCCUGAGGCAAGACUUUGAGCUACAAAUCACAGCUGGUUUGCGUUCUGUGCGUUUUGGCUUGGAUGACGAGAAUUCGGCCUACGAGAAGGCCCUUGAUUGGAUAAUAAACGCCGAUCCAAAGCAAUUGGAACCUGAUGCAGACAACUUGUUGCAACGGUUCAUCUUGGCCCUUCUAUACUACCAUUCAACAGAGAGAAAGCCCUGGUAUUCCUGCAACCCACCACAAGGUGCACAGGACGACACCUGUCAAUUUUUCCUUAAUGUCAACCACGUUCAAUGGGGAAAUCGAUGGCUCUCUGGCUCUCCUGAGUGUCAGUGGGGUGGCGUAUUCUGCGAAUCAGGGGUCGUCACAGUGAUCGAAUUGAAUGCCAACGAAAUGAAUGGUCAACUACCUGCUGAGUUGGGCGUGCUUCCAAAGCUGACCAAGCUAGAUUUCUCCCAUAACGAGCUGACGGGGACUAUUCCUUCCAGUCUCAUGCUAACCGAGCUGGAUCUAGGAGCUAAUCAGUUUGCUGGGACGAUUCCGGCCGAAAUCUUCAAUAAUCCUGGUCUCGAAAGUCUGAAUCUUGAAAACAAUACGUUGACCGGGACGCUGCCCACUGAUGUUGGGCUUGCAUCUGAGCUUGUUCGGUUGAGUCUAGGAUUCAAUCGGUUGUCGGGUCUCUUGCCCAAUCAGCUGUUUGGCCUUUCGAACAUGGAGCGGAUGGUCCUGCAAUCGAAUCAGUUCACAGGUACACUUUCGGAAGCAGUUGGGAAUCUUGUGAAUAUGCAGUAUCUCUUUUUCGGUGAAACUUCGUUGGAUGGACCUUUGCCCUCCCAGCUCGGAUUGUUAACAAUACUCAGGGAAAUGGAUAUGCAUAACAGUUUCAUCAGUGGCACAAUUCCAGAAGAGCUUUUCACCGGGUGCAGUGAGCUCGUUCUUUUAUACUUUGGCGAUUGCAAUCUCUCUGGAACCAUCAGCACCAGUGUUGGGCUCCUCACUGAAUUGCGAGCGCUGUUGCUAGCAAACAACAACUUGUCAGGAACCAUUCCCGAGGAAAUGACUGCUUCCACCUGGCUGUACCAGUUCUCAGUAAAUGGGAACCAGCUAUCCGGCUCGUUUCCGUCAGCGCUUUGUUCUAAUUUAUUUCCAGCAACUGGAACACACCUUGCAGCAGACUGUGGGCCUGAAAAGGACACGGGGAUUGCAGCCAUGCCUUGUUUGUGCUGCACAGAAUGCUGUGAGGCAUCAACUGGUAUUUGCAGCGAAGUCUAGACUUACCUCCACUACAGAACUCACAUAAAUACAUGUAGUUAGAGAAUGAAAUGAAUUGAAGUUCCAUAGACAACCUCCCCACUCUAAACGCCCUUGUUAUUUAAGCGAUGCUAAACUUUAACGAAGUACCGUGCUACUGUUAACACAAACAAAACUCA